UAAGCUUUCUUCUCUUCUCUUUCUCUUGUUAUUUUCUGCCUCACUCUCAAUUUUCUUCUCUUCCUCUUCCUCCUUCCUUCUCAGUUUCCUCCUCCUCCUCUUCCUCCUCUUCGUCUUCCUCCUUAUUAUUAUUUUUCAUUUUCUGUCUUUUUAUAUUUAUUCUUCGUCGUUAUUCAUUUCUUGCUUCUGGUUAAUAUUGCAAGGCGACACAAACAAAGGUAAACGAUUUUUCUAAGUAUACGUAUCUAAGCAUUCGGCCUUGUUUUGGUUUUCACACAUUCUCUAUCUCUAUCUGUAUCUCUUCCUUCUCUCGUUAUUCAUCCUUGUUCUGGUAACCACUCAUUCUCUUUCUGUACCUCUUAUCCCUCAUCUCUUUUUCUUGUGUGUGUGUGUUUCUUCUCGUUAUUCAUUCGUUCUCUCAUUCUACCAAUCUGUAUCACUUUCCCUUAUCUCCUUUUUCGUUUCCCAACCUCAUCUUUGUAUAAUUCUCAUUUUGCCAUUCUCACUCCGUCCGUCUACCUGUCUGUCUUUCACGUCUAGAUAUCAGUGUUCAAUAUGGCAAGAUGGAAGUCUGACAGUUGGCGUUUUAGCAGCUGAUAAGUAGAUAAGUCAAGUUAGUCAACCCUUGCUGGCAACACUGCAUUCACACACACACGCCGAGAGGCUUCGCAAAGCACAGGAAGAUUGAUCAUAAUGUCACAGAGGAACAGCAGCAUACGGGCGUGGGUGUGGCGGCUGUGGGCGGUGGGCGUGGUGCAGGAGGUGGUGGAGGCGUGGGCGAUGGCGUGGCUGGUGAGCAAGUUCCGUUCGCCCUACCUAUGCCGCGUCUCGGUGACUGACGGACGCUGGUGUAUGGUGCCUUCUCUUACACAGGUCGCGGCCCGCCGCGUGCCCGCCUGGAUGUGUCAGUACGACGCGUGGUGCGGCGAGCUCGUCUACCUCGAGACCGCGCCGCCCCUCGUCACCCGCCUCACCGUGCUCUUCACCGCGCUCGUCGUGUCGCUCUUGGUGGUGUGGGCGCCGCGCAUCCUCACCUACAGGCCCUCACACCCUCUCCUCGUCUGCGCGCGGAGACACACCCCGCGCCGCGUUCUCGUCCUGGUGGCGGCGAGCAGCGUCCUACAACUCACCCUCGACCACUGCCUGUUCGCCAUCGUGCUACCGCCUCGCCUCCUCCUCACCCGCCUCGCCUCCGUCCUCUCCUUUGUCAUCGCGCACCUCCUCAUGACGGCAGUGAUGGUGAAGGUGGCGAGGCAGCCCCCGGCAACACUACGCACCAUCCCACAAAUCAAGGUUACUUAUGCUCCCGCCACGCCUUCCCCCUCAGAAGUACCCGUCAUGGACUACAGUGAAGAGCACCAGGAGUUCACAGUGUCACGGUCCAGACCAACACAUUUCUCACCCCAUACACCAUGAGGAAUUUCCACCCUCACUGAUACCAUGGGGACCUCUCUAACUUAUUUUCACAAGCAGGGCAUUCGAAGGACCUAACUAUACGAUGGACUUGCGUAAAAGUCUAUUUCACGUAUCAUUAUUUUAAUCACCCUGAAGGCUAUGCUUGGUUCAGUUGAGCAACACCGCAGGGAAGUGUUUUAUCGCAGCCCCAUUCUUGCUCAUGCAGCCCCCCAUGUAUUCCACUCAAUCCUUUAAAGGGUUUCACUGAAGUCCGGGAUAAUAGGUGGUCAAGACAGCACACAGCAACUCAACGAUGGCUGAAAAUUGUCAGCUUGUAGCAGCGAGCAGGGCUUGAAUAAAAAUCCCCAGAUCACCAAGGAGGCUGAACACUCCGUCACUGCUCCCUCUUAUUUUACGCAAGUGUAGAUCGCGCAUAUGGAAAAGUGAGAUGCAAAAAAUCCCUAUCAUUUCCAAUUUUAAACUUUUUCUUACAUUAAUGCUAACGAAACCCUUGGAUUUGCCAGGCUUUCUUAUGGAAAAAUAAUUCUCAAAAGGAGCAAAUUCACAUCACACAGCCUCUUCAGGAAAUCAACAGGAGCAAUACAUCCUGGCUUGGUGAGAACUUCAGGGUGGAUGAGGUACAGAAGAAAUGCAGCACUGGAAAAAUGGAUACAUGCCAGAGCACACCAGAUUUUGUCUCCCUUGAUUUCUACUCUGGGUUCCCACUCUUACCUUGGUUGUCCAUCAGUUAAAAGUUCUAUGCAUGAUAUGACCAGCCCAAGUUUACUUCUUACUCUUAAUUGUCACUGAAAUAUCAACUUCUGUCUACACAUGCACGGGUCAUCUCAAAACCUACUAAGGACUAACCUUGUACUAGGGUCCACUAAUUCACAGGGUAAAGCUUGUAGGUUCUGAAAUGAUAAGAUAUUUACCGGUUUCAGUCCAAGAUAAUUUAUUUUAUUCCUACAUAACAUUCCUCAGUUGUUGUGUCCAAAAAUGCUGAACAGUUAAAUUAUCCUAUUAUAAUAAAAUUGCACUUCCUG